AUGCCUCUCUGCUCCUGCACGGCCAAGACAAGCCAGCCAGCACUGAUGGGAAUGUCCCACGGGAAGUCGGCACACACGCAAGCCUACAGCAAGCUGGAGAGCACCUUCCCAGCCCGUGUUGCUUGGUUUUCUUUCGAUCCUGCCUCUGCCCACGCUGACAUCAUCUUUUCUAAUGACAACCUGACUGUCACCUGCAACAGCUAUGAUGACAGGGUUGUGCUGGGGAAAACGGGCUUUUCCAAAGGGCUCCAUUACUGGGAGCUGUCAAUCGAUCGUUACGAUAACCACCCUGACCCGGCCUUUGGCGUGGCACGCAUUGAUGUCCUGAAGGAUGCCAUGCUGGGCAAGGACGACAAGGCCUGGGCCAUGUACGUGGACAAUAACCGGAGCUGGUUCAUGCACAACAAUUCACACACCAACAGAACCGAGGGUGGGAUAACGAAAGGCGCCACAGUGGGAGUGCUGCUGGAUUUGACCAGGAGAACCUUGACAUUCUCCAUCAACGAGGACCAGCAAGGGCCUGUCGCCUUUGAGAACCUGGAAGGCCUCUUCUUCCCCGCGGUCAGCCUCAACAGGAACGUGCAGCUCUCAGCUCUCCUGAACAUCACCAAGUGGUGGGUCCCUGCGCCUAUCCGGAGGUGCUUUGCUCUGUUGUCCAUCGGCGUACAGGGUGUACUGUGCGCCGGUACCGAGGCAGUGACGGUUUUCCAGCAGCACUGGAGCAGAGGUGACGCUGCACACCGGCCUGCCGGUCCCCGAAUUCUACGCUUCACGCUCAGCCAUGCCGUGAGGAUGCUGCUGGAGCCGGCUGCGUCUUCUCGGGAAGAGAGGAGCCAGCCCGUUCCCUCCCACGGGACAAGUUCCCGUGCCGAGGGCGCCUGCAUGCGCAUGUCCCCACGCUUCGCUUUUGGGUCCCUCGCCGUCCCCUGGCACGGCUGGCGGGGCUCGGGGAGACGGCGGUGUCGCUGCCGGGUGGGCGCCAGCCUGGCCGGAGAGCUGCAGCUCAUCCAACCGGGGUCAGGGGGAGCUACGGGAAGGAUUUACUACCUCUCCCUGGAGUUUUACAUGGGGCGGACGCUGCAGAACACCAUGAUUAACCUGGGGCUGCAGAACGCCUGCGAUGAAGCCGUCUACCAGCUCGGGCUGGACAUGGAAGAGCUGGAGGAAAUCGAGGAGGAUGCCGGCCUCGGCAACGGUGGGCUCGGCCGGCUUGCUGGUGAGUGAGUCCCCCCCAAAAAAAAGGGUCUCGUCGCCUGGGUGGUGGGGCACAGCGCUGGAGCCUUUGCAUCUACAGCAGGAGGGUGGCAGGUGGAAGAAGCCGAUGACUGGCUCCGGCACGGCAACCCUUGGGAGAAAGCCCGUCCCGAGUACAUGCUGCCCGUGCACUUCUAUGGCCGGGUGGAGCACGCUGCCACCGGCGCCAAGUGGGUGGACACCCAGGUGGUGCUGGCGCUGCCCUACGACACCCCCGUGCCCGGGUACAUGAACAACACCGUCAACACCAUGCGCCUGUGGUCGGCUCGGGCACCCAACGACUUCAACCUGCGGGACUUCAACGUCGGAGACUACAUCCAGGCUGUGCUGGACAGAAACCUGGCGGAGAACAUAUCGCGUGUCCUCUACCCCAACGACAACUUCUUCGAGGGGAAGGAGCUACGGCUGAAGCAGGAGUACUUCGUCGUGGCUGCCACCCUCCAGGACAUCAUACGCCGCUUCAAAGCGUCCAAAUUUGGGAGCACGGACAGUGUCCGAACCGUAUUUGAUUCCUUCCCCGACCAGGUUGCCAUCCAGCUAAACGACACGCAUCCCGCCAUGGCCAUCCCUGAGCUGAUGAGGAUUUUUGUGGACAUCGAGAAGCUGCCGUGGAACAAGGCCUGGGACAUCACCAAGCGGACCUUUGCCUACACCAACCACACGGUGCUCCCUGAAGCCCUGGAGCGCUGGCCAGUGGACCUGGUGGAGAAGCUGCUCCCCAGACACCUGCAGAUCAUCUACGAGAUCAACCAGAGACACCUGGAUCACAUUGCGUCCCUCUUCCCUAAUGACGUGGACCGGCUGCGGAGGAUGUCCCUGAUAGAGGAGGGAGGCACCAAGAGGAUCAACAUGGCCCACCUCUGCAUCGUCGGCUCCCACGCGGUCAAUGGCGUGGCGAAGAUCCACUCCGAAAUAGUCAAGACCCAAGUCUUUCAGGACUUUGCAGCGCUGGAGCCGGAGAAGUUUCAGAACAAGACCAACGGCAUCACCCCGCGGCGUUGGCUCCUGCUCUGCAACCCGGGGCUGGCGGAGCUCAUCGCAGAGAAAAUAGGGGAGGACUACGUGCGGGACCUGAGCCAGCUGACAAAACUGCACGAGUUUGUGGAUGACGAUCUCUUCAUCCGGGAGGUUGCCAAAGUGAAGCAGGAGAACAAGGUGAAGUUCGCACUGUACCUGGAGAAGGAGUACAAGGUGAAGAUCAACCCUUCCUCCAUGUUCGACGUGCACGUGAAGAGGAUCCACGAGUACAAGCGGCAGCUGAUGAACUGCCUGCACAUCAUCACUAUGUACAACCGUAUCAGGAGGGAUCCUGCGAAGCUCUUUGUGCCGAGGACAGUGAUCAUCGGGGGCAAGGCUGCCCCAGGAUAUCACAUGGCUAAAAUGAUCAUCAAGCUCAUUAAUGCUGUGGGUCACGUGGUGAACAACGACCCGGUUGUGGGGAGCAAGCUGAAGGUCAUCUUCCUGGAGAACUACAGGGUCUCAUUGGCAGAGAAAGUGAUCCCUGCUACCGACCUGUCGGAGCAGAUCUCCACAGCAGGCACUGAGGCAUCGGGUACGGGGAACAUGAAGUUCAUGCUGAACGGGGCUCUGACCAUCGGCACCAUGGAUGGAGCCAACGUGGAAAUGGCUGAGGAGGCUGGAGAGGAAAACCUAUUCAUCUUUGGCAUGAGGGUGGAGGAUGUCACGGAGCUGGACAGGGAAGGGUACAACGCCCAGAAGUACUAUGACCAGCUCCCCGAGUUGAAGCAAGCCGUUGACCAGAUUAAGAGUGGCUUCUUCUCCCCACAGGAGCCUGACCUCUUCAAAGAUGUGGUCAACAUGCUCUUCCACCACGAUCGGUUUAAAGUCUUUGCAGACUAUGAGGCUUAUGUCAAAUGCCAGGAGAAGGUCAGCGAGCUGUACCUGAACUCCAAGGCAUGGACCAAAAUGGUCAUCAGGAACAUCGCGGCAGCCGGCAAGUUCUCCAGCGACCGCACCAUCAAGGAGUAUGCCCGAGACAUCUGGCACGUGGAACCCUCUGACCUGAAGAUCCCGCCACCCAACGAGCCCCGGGAUGCAGCUGAGGACAAGACCCCCAACGGCACGGCGGCGUAG